GUUUACUCAUGCUGAUCGGUUGGCUGCAAGGGAAACAUCUCUUGAGCAUGUUCACCAUUGGAGUGAGCUUGGCGGUGGCUGCCAUCCCGGAGGGCCUCCCCAUCGUGGUCACAGUGACGCUGGUAUUGGGUGUCUUGAGAAUGGCCAAGAAACGUGUCAUUGUGAAGAAGCUGCCGAUUGUCGAGACGCUCGGUUGCUGCACCGUCAUCUGCUCCGAUAAGACGGGGACUCUGACGGCCAACGAGAUGACAGUAACCCAGCUUGUCACCUCGGACGGGUUCAAGGCUGAGGUGAGUGGGGUCGGAUACAACGGAGAGGGAAACGUAUACCUUCUGCCAUCCAAAGAAGUCAUCAAAGAGUUUUCAAAUAUAUCUGUCGGAAAACUAGUGGAGGCUGGCUGUGUUGCCAACAAUGCUAUUAUCAGAAAGACCACUGUGAUGGGUCAGCCAACCGAAGGAGCCCUAGUAGCUCUUGCGAUGAAGAUGGAACUAAGCAAUAUAAAGGAUAAUUACGUAAAAAAGAAGGAGAUUCCGUUUAGCUCGGAGCAGAAGUGGAUGGCUGUCAAAUGCGCCCUGAAAAAUCAGGAGGAGGAGGAGGAAGAGGAGGAAGUGUACUUUAUGAAGGGAGCCUUUGAAGAAGUCAUGCAGCACUGUUCCACGUUCAACAGUGGUGGCAUCUCACUUCCACUGACGCCGCAGCAGAAGGCGGUCUACGUUCAAGAGGAGAAGCACAUGGGGUCCCUCGGCCUGCGGGUACUUGCGUUGGCCUCUGGCCCAGAGCUCGGCAGACUGACCUUUUUAGGUCUAGUAGGAAUCAUCGAUCCUCCGAGGAACGGAGUGAAGGAAGCGGUUCAGGCCCUCAUCGAGUCUGGCAUCUCGGUGAAAAUGAUAACAGGAGAUGCUUUGGAAACAGCCUGGGCUAUUGCCCAGAAGAUCGGCCUUUGCAAUGGAAAGAUGAAAGCCAUGUCUGGGGAGGAACUGGAGACUAUCACAGAGUCCGCGUUAUCAUCCACAGUCAAAAAUGUUUCCAUCUUCUUCCGAACGAGCCCCAAACACAAACUUAAAAUCAUAAAGGCUUUGCAAAAGGCAGGUGCCAUUGUGGGAAUGACAGGAGAUGGGGUGAACGACGCCGUGGCUCUGAAAUCCGCCGAUAUCGGGAUUGCGAUGGGAAGAGCCGGGACAGACGUCAGCAAAGAAGCCGCCAACAUGAUCCUUGUGGAUGACGACUUCUCGACAAUCAGCAAUGCAAUCGAGGAAGGGAAAGGAAUAUUCUACAACAUUAAAAAUUUCGUCCGUUUCCAGCUCAGCACGAGCAUCUCGGCGCUGAGCUUAAUUACCCUGUCGACAGUCUUCAAUUUGCCCAAUCCACUCAAUGCUAUGCAGAUCUUAUGGAUCAAUAUUAUAAUGGAUGGGCCUCCGGCACAGAGUUUGGGUGUCGAGCCAGUUGACAAAGAUGCUAUCAAACAUCCUCCCAGGAGCGUCACGGACACGAUUCUCAGCAGGUCCCUGGUCCUAAAGAUCUUGCUGUCGGCCGCCGUCAUCAUCAGCGGAACCCUCUUCGUGUUUUGGAAAGAGGUGAGGGACCUGUUGUUCCUAACCGGCUUGGCCUCCUCUGUUUUCAUCCUAUCGGAACUCGUCAAAGUGUGCGAGAGGUUUUGCUGCCGGACAAAGACGGACAAGGACCAAGAAGUGACCGUGUGACCGAGACAUGCCACGCCAUUUCUGCUACGUUUGGGAUGCCAUUGGAAUGAAAUUGGGUGGUUGCAGGAUUCACAUGGGACCCAUCAAACCUACUAUUCCUUUUUCACAUUUUGGAUCAUUUUCAAGUGACUGCAGAUCGACAGGGCCUUCGUUGUCCCGAAGAGUAAUUAAAACUCGCUAUGAAGGGCUUUCCUGAGCCACCGAUUGUCAUCUCCUAGAAGGCAAAGGAACGGGGCACAUGGAAACAGAACGCAGGGCACUGUCCUCAUCCACUUAUUUAUUUAAGUUGCAAUGAACCUUUUUGCUAACAAAACAUGUCUCUUUAUAAAGGCAGCGUACGAAAGAUGCCAGACCAGCGUGUGUUUUGUCCAAAUGGGCAGCUCUUUAACCGUGCAGUUGAGUUACUAUUGGGAAAAUUCAGACAAGUACAGCAUUAAGACAGAAGUGAGAGACAAGAAGCCAGUUUGGUGCAGUGGUUAGGAGCAUGGACUUCUUCUAGAAGAGAUCCCAGAAAAGUCAAAAAGAACUGCAGCCAUUCCGUGGGUGGGGCUCACGCUGGCUGUCUAAUAAGGCACACAAAUACGGUGAACAGAACAAGGCAUUGCAGGAGAGAGAACAUUACAGGAAGGAUCCAGAAACAUUUAUUCAUUCAGCAGUGCCUGGAUUCUGAAACACUAUUGUUAUAUAAAACGAUUCAGAGGAGAUGUGAAAAUGCGAUUAGCACCAUAACAGGAUUUCCAAUCUAAUCCUCAACGC